AUGAGUCUGCAUACUGCCAGUCACCUCAGGCUGCUGGCUACGCGCCCAAAAGUAGUAAUCACGCUAGAGGAGCAAAAAGGGCCUUCAUCCGCUGUCUAUACCACGCUGGAUAGAGUGAAUGGAACGGCCAUCAUCUGCGUUGACCGUGACACCUUGUGUGACAACAUCGACAUAACCUUCGAGGGAACAUCCGAAACCUCCCUCGAACGGGCAACCAGACUCUCCGGUCGAAGAAACACAACCCAUACUUUCUUGACACUCCGCCAACCAAUCGAACAUGACGACCACCCCGGUUCUCUUCUGCUGAAAGCAGGCAAGAUAUACAAAUAUCCAUUCACCUUUGUGGUUCCCGAAUUCCUGCUUCCCCAAGCAUGUUUUCAUGGAAGACAUUGGGACUGCAUCGAGAAGGAGCACACUAAGCUUCCUCCGACUUUUGGAAGCGUGGAUUCGGGGAAGGUCGAUUCAAUCUUAAGGAGCCUUUCAUCCGAGCCUUGUCAGAUAUCAUAUCAAAUACGUGUUCGCGUGUCGAAGGGCUCAUUGCGAUCAACCAAGGCUCCGAGGACUUUGGUUGAUGCGUCUAAGAUGGUACAUGUCAUUCCAACUUCUCCAGGGAUAUUAGACUCAAAGUCAGAUUAUGAUCACCUCCUGCAGCCAGAGCUUGCCGGUAACGGACUCGAUAAACACCACCUUGACCGGCUGUCUGUGACUGCCUCACAGCCAAAGAGAGUCCUAAUUGAUUCUGAGAAUGACAUGGAACGUGACAAAGGCACGGUUACUACCAUUCACCUGCGAUACGACCCUAUGGAGAGCGAGGACCCUCCUCACCUGGCCAAACUAUCGACAAGUCUCAAUGUGUUGACUAACAUGAAGUCACUUCCGUGGACUGGCAAUGUUUCUCUGGGCUGUGAUGAAGAGCAUCACUAUCUAUCCACUGAAGAAAUUGCCCUUUCGUCAUUCUCCUUGCAGUCCAAUGAGUGGGCGAAGCACUCUCCUGCUGGUCUAGUCGGUAAAGAAAUAGAAAGAGUCUACUACAUUGCCUCUAUCACGGUGCCAGUUCUACUGCCAAGGGGCAAACACUUUAGUCAGACCUUUGACUCAUGUCUCAUAUCUCGCUUUUAUACUCUGAGGCUAUGUCUUUCAGUUCAGUCUCCGAAAGGGAGGAUCUCAACACCGACAAUCGCGUUUGAAUUGCCCGUCACUGUGACCUCUACUUGACUUUUUUAAUAUACAAAUUGAAUGCGUUCUAUCCUUGCUAUAUAUCACCCUUCUAUUUUCCAGGAGUUAUUAUACUUCGACUUCACAUCAAUAUAGUCCCACGCGAAGAUAUAAACGCAUUCUUGAGCAUUGCCCUGGG